UUUCGAAAAGAGUUCUUGAAUAUUCACUAAGCUGAAAACGAUUUUAUUUCGCGGCCACGAAGCCUCUAUCUAAUUUAUUAAACGAAGAGAAUUCGAAGAUCGAGAGUUUGGAAUAUCGAAUAGUCUUUCGAAUUUUGUUUACACGAUAUAAACAGUGUUUCCAGAAAUGAAGCCUCAAUAAUAGUAAACUUAAUUUACACAAAGGAACAGAUCCAUCAGACAACAAGAAUAAUACGAUAUCGAGGCGGCCCGAACUUGACAGUGUAAACAACAAUAGUGGUGGUUCGAAAUAGCGAAGUGGCAUCAAAAUGAACAAAUUGAAGAGAAAACGUUACGGGAUCAAACCGACGCUUGGACGUAGACCGAGUUCAAUCCCUUGCCCCUCCACGUAAAAUGAUAUAUAGCACGUAGGGGAUGACGGAAUUGCCGGUAAAUAAGAUCAUCUAAGAUGCGUUACAAGCCGGAGUCGAGCAUCAACGCGGUCGCCACCUACAGGGUCUACGGUAACAGUGCCGAACAACAUCAGGACGAAGACGGCUUCGUACCUGCAAGUAAUGCCUAUCAGAAAGUCAUUAGAAAUCCCCCAGACGACAAUAAAGUAUCGAAAUCUCCUAAUGGCGUCCAGGCCCAGGGAACGAACGAUUCCCGGUCGUGUGGAUGGUGCCUAGGAUCAUCUUCCUCCAACACCGAGAGCGCCAGAGACUCUUGUUUCUUCUCAUGGUGCCGCCCCACGUUGCUGCUUCUCAUCCUCAUCCUACUGAUCAUCAUCUUCGUUUUCAUAUCUGGAGUGUUACUCUACUAUAAUUAUCUGGUUCAUAAGCCCCGUCUACAUAUCAUCGAAGAACCUUGUGAAAAAACCUUCUGCGCUUGGGGUGCCCACUGUAUCACGGGAAUUGAUGGAAGAGCUUUAUGUCAAUGUCCAACGGAAUGUCGAAGACAUGAAGCUUUCGUGUGUGGUUCAGAUGGGAAAACUUACGCCAAUCACUGCGAACUUCGUGUUGCCUCCUGCAAGGCGAGGCAAAACACCUACAUCAAAUAUCAAGGAAAAUGCGAACUAAAUGACCCAUGUAGGGAUAAAGUAUGCCACUUCGGAGCUAAAUGUCUGGUACUUCCUGAUGGACAUAAUGCUAGUUGCGUUUGCCCCACCACAUGUCCCAAUUACGGUGAUCAUGUAACAUCUAGACCGCUUUGUGGUUCUGAUGGAAUCACUUAUAAUAACCAGUGUGAACUUCAACAAGCUGCAUGUACGUCUAGCACCAAUAUAACCAUCAAGUUCACUGGCAAGUGUGAUCCCUGCUCCGGGGUUAAGUGUACGGAACCUGAGAUAUGUCAGCUGGAUCCACGCCGGAACCCGAUUUGUCGAUGCGGAGAUACGUGCCCUCUGGAAUUCACCCCAGUAUGCGGAUCCGAUGGAAAAACUUACUCCAACGAGUGCACUUUGAGGCAGGAGGCCUGCCGAAGGAGGAAAUCCCUGCAUAUAAUAUAUAGGGGCAAAUGCAGUUCAGGUAUAAACCCUUGCACUAGUGUCAUCUGCGGUCAUGGAGAAGAAUGUGCAAUCAAUAAAUUUGGCAUUGCACAUUGCGAAUGUGCACAAAACUGCGAGCCGGUGAUGAGACCUGUUUGCUCUAAGGAAGGAAGGACCUUCCCUUCAGAGUGUGAAAUGCACAGAUCUUCUUGCUUGAGCCGUACGCCCAUGGAAAUAGCUUAUCGCGGCGUAUGCGGAGAGAAGGGGCCUUGUUCAGAGCACGUUUGCCACUACGGGUCCACCUGCGUCGAGAAAUCUGGUCAGGCUUAUUGCGAGUGUCCAGUCUGUCCAGCUGAAUUCGCUCCCGUAUGCGGAUCCGAUGGAAUAUCUUACGGAAACGAAUGCAAACUUCGUCUGGAGGGCUGCAAACACCGGAGAGACAUAAGAGUGCUCUACGAUGGCCCUUGCAAUGGUUGCGAGAAAAAACCUUGCGAUUUUUACUCUGUCUGUGAGGCAAAUGGAACAUCAGAAGGAAAAUGCGUUUGUCCCAAAUCGUGUGCAGAUACGAAGCUGAAUAAUGGUACAGUAUGCGGCACAGACGGUGUGACAUACUCCAGUGAAUGCGAGCUGAGACUCACUUCUUGUAAGCUGCAGCAAUUCAUCCUGCUAGCGUACAAAGGGACUUGUGAUUUAUGCGGGGGCGUGAAAUGUAAAUAUGGGGGCCGAUGCGAGGCAGGUAACUGCGUAUGCCCCACGAACUGCGAGGGCUCAGGAGUCGAGCCAGUGUGUGCCUCCAACAUGGUGACAUUCCCUAACGAAUGUGAAUUACAGAAGGCGACGUGUUUAGACGCCGACAACUCAGCCCAUCUAACUGUGGUUUUUUACGGCGACUGUCGCGAAAGAUUCUCCGUGGAGGGCACGUACAACGCAACUACACCGCCUCAGACUGUCGCCCCUGUAACAACCGAAGCCACCAGGUCUAACGAAACAGACGUGAGCAAUGCGAACGCUGAGAAAGAGGCCUGCAAAGACAUCCACUGCGACUUCGAGGCCACCUGCGAGCUCGGCAAGGAGAAUUUUCCAAGGUGCACCUGUCAGUUCGAUUGUGCCGCCGCUGAACUGCAGUCCACGCCAAAACCUAUUUGCGCCUCUGAUCUCAGAAUCUAUCCCUCGCUUUGUGCCAUGAAAAUGGAGGCUUGUCAAAGCCAGAAGGAGCUCCGUUUGAGACCUUUGGAACUCUGUCAAGGAAUGGAAGUUAAACCCUGUGGGGGCGAAAAACCUCUAACAGACCCGCUAACUGGUAAAGAAUUAGAUUGUGGCAGUGGUCCAACAAGAAAGGACUGCCCUUCAGGGAGUUAUUGCCAUCAAACCGUUAGAUUCUCCAGAUGUUGCCGCAAAGACCACCACUAUUACGAGCAGACUUGCGUGAACAGUUGGUACGGGUGCUGUCCAAACAGCAAUAUUCCUGCACAAGGUCCAAAUAACGCUGGUUGUCCUGCAUCCUGCGGUUGCAACAGAUUGGGAUCUUUCGCUGACAGCUGCAUGCCUGGAACUACGAAAUGCAAGUGCAGGCCUGGCGUGGGUGGAGAAAAAUGUGAUAGAUGCGAGCCUGGUUAUUGGGGACUGCCAAAAAUAUCAUCUGGACACCUAGGAUGUAUACCUUGCGGCUGUUCAGCGUUUGGUUCAGUGAGAGAAGACUGUGAGCAAAUGACAGGCCGCUGUGUUUGUCGACCAGGUGUUCAAGGCCAAAAAUGUACCGUUUGCACCAGUCAUGACAAAAUCCUUGGACCAAAUGGUUGUGUAUCCCCUGAUGCAGCUUCGGUGGUUGUUUCAUCCUGCAAAGACCUCACGUGCUAUUUUGGUGCAACUUGUGUGGAGAAGAAUGGAGCUGCAAUUUGUGUAUGCAGUACACGGUGCAAGCCAGAUGAGAACGAUCAGCCUGUGUGUGGCAGUGAUGGACAGUCAUAUCGCAGUGUAUGCCAUUUGAAGCAGGUGGCGUGCAAAAUGCAGAAGGAUAUAGUGCUUCAGGCUUUUGGUGCUUGUAAAGAUAACGGUUUAGCAAGUACCGAUGGACCAGCCCAUCAUUACACUCCACUGCAGUUCACGCAACCAGACGAAGCAAACUCUCUUUCCAAAUCAACCAGACAUCUUCUGGCUCCAGAUCCAAGAUACUACUACGAAAGAACUGGUUCAUUUGGAAGACCAGCUCAGGCUGUUUCUUACCCUGCAGAAUUUGGACUGACAGCCUCAAAAUAUAAACCACCAGGCAAUCAUAGGAACCUUUUUGACAUAAAUGUUGAUCGCUUCGACCCUUCUUAUCGUCCCACUCCUGCCACUGUGCAUGUUAUAGCAGCUCUUCUAGGUGAUAUUUGUUCAGAUGAUUCAGACUGUAUUAUUGUGAACAGUCAAUGUGUAAAAGAAGCUUGUAUAUGUAAACCAGAUUUUGUGGAAUCCAACGAUAGACAAGAAUGUAUCGAAAAAAGUUCAAAUUCUAUCACUGGCGAACUUCAGGCAUGUUCUUCAUUCCCUUGUCUUAACGAAGGCACUUGUAUAGAUCUACCAGGAAGUACUUACAUUUGCGUUUGCCAAGGGAAUUUCACAGGGAAUACCUGCGAAACUGAGAUCGAAAUAAUCAACUACGAUGUUCCAGCCUUUCAUGGCACCUCCUACAUUCAACUCAAACCUUUAAAGGCCUAUUACAAACUGAGCAUCGAAUUGGAAAUUAAGGCCUACACUAAUGACGGUAUUCUUUUGUAUAACCAGCAGAAAUAUGAUGGUUCUGGUGAUUUUGUGUCAUUGGCUCUGGUUGAUGGACAUUUUGAAUUUAAGUAUGAUUUGGGUAACGGACCAGUGGUCAUAAGGUCUAUCAACAAAAUUAAGCUCAUGAAAUUUCAUAAAAUCAUCAUAAAGAGGUACCAUCGAGACGGCCUGCUUAAAGUAGACGAUGAAGAAGAUGUAGGAGGACAAUCCAGAGGAAAUUUGAAGGCUUUAGAUUUGCUGGAUGACACAUACUUAGGGUACAUUCCUACAAAUUUCUCACAGGUUUACAAAAAUAUAGGAACCGAUAAAGGAUUCCAGGGCUGUAUAAGGAAAUUCGUGAUAGGACGUCACAAUGUUCACUUGCACGCAAACAGAGACGAUAGGAUAAUAAAGACGAGAAAUUUAUACGAUUGUGACAAUAAACCCUGUAUGGCAUACCCUUGCCAGAACAAUGGCACCUGUGUAGAUUUGGACAGCAAUUUAUUCACCUGCAAGUGCAAUGAGGGCUAUACUGGAGAAAUUUGCAACAAAUUCUUGAAUCCUUGUUUGUCGCAUCCCUGCUUUGGUGGCGCCACUUGUUCUGAAAUCAGCCAAGACGAUUAUAUUUGCAAAUGUCCACCUGAGAGAGCAGGACAUAGGUGUGAGAUAGAUAUUAGAGAAGUGGUAACUCCAGAAUUCAGAGGUUCCAGCUACAUAAAAUAUCCCUUGAUGCUGGACCUGAAGAAGAGUUUCAGCAUAGAGGUAACAUUCCUUCCAACGUCUCUCAAUGGUGUACUCAUCUACAGUGGUCAAGAUCGAAAUGGGCAAGGCGAUUUCAUAUCCUUAAACCUGGUUAGAGGUCAUUUGGAAUUCAGAUUCAAUUUGGGAAGUGGUAUCGCCAAUUUAACAACACGAGCCACAAUUGAAAAUGGGAGGUGGCAUAAUGUGCGCAUUUCUAGAAAAGGUAGAGAAGGUAUUCUUCAGUUGGACAACUCCAGUGUUGUUUAUGGAUAUUCUGGGAUACCCAUGAUGGAUCUGAACUUGGAUCUUCCCCUUUUCAUUGGAUCUGUUGCGUCUUGGAAAAAAGUACACAAAUUGUCAGGAGUGUACAAAGGAUUCCGAGGAGCCAUUCAGAAAGUUUUACUCAAUGGAAAACCGCUUCCAAUCAAUACGCAACUAGAAGACUGUUUUUCUGUAUUUAGUAAUAGAAGUAGCUGUUCCGUAGAUGUAGGUAUAUAUGAUGGAGCCCCUUGUCCCCUAAGAAAUAACCCCUGCAAAAAUGGUGGAAUUUGCUUACCCCACAUGGAUAACUUUAAAUGUAAAUGUCUCUCGAAAUUUAGAGGAAAAACUUGCCAAAUAUCACAAAAGAAGUCAUACUCUAUCAAAUUCAAUGGUGCCACAUUUUUGCAAUAUAAGCAUAAUCAUAUCAGAAGUGACAUCGAAGAUCAAUAUUAUGAGAAUGAAUAUGAAGACUAUUAUAUUUCGAAUGAAGAAAAUUUUAACAAUACUAAUAACGAGCUUUUUUAUGAUGAGAGUAAUAACUUUGACGAUGAAGAGGGGAGAAAACUUUACAGAAGAAAGCCAGAAAGAUGGAACAGAUACGAAAUCAAACUCAGAACAUACGCUUUGGAUGGUUUGAUACUGUGGAGAUGUAAAAACAAAAAUAUCAUGCAAAACUACUUUGCGAUAUCUUUAGUAGAUGGUUUCAUCGAGCUUAGCUACAACUUAGGAACAGAGACGAAAUUAUUUACAAUCAGAUCCAAUGAAAGAGUCAACGAUGGUAAAUGGCACACUGUCCAUAUACAGAGAAGAAAAAGAAUGGGGAUAAUUACGAUCGAUGAUAAUAUUCCUAUAAAGGGUACAUCCCCUCAUGGAGGCCUCAUUUUGCAUACAAAUGCGAAAUUGUGGAUAGGUGGAGCUCCAACAUUGCCAAUGGAUCUGCCAUCAGCAUAUUAUAAGAAUUUUGUUGGCUGCAUUCAAUAUAUUUUGAUAAAUGGUAAAUCGUUAGACAUGCUAAGCAGUAUUGGAAAUAUCAAUUAUCAUUUUUGUCAUGAAGAUGAAAUACAAUAAAUAAUGAAUAAUUGUG